GUUCCAGCAGCUUUGUUAAAGCAGAGGAGACCACUGCACAGCGCUUCAGUGCUUUGCAGACACAACUUCUUUGCGCAGCGAUUCACUUUUUCCAUCGUCACAUUCGCUCCGAUGCUGACGUCCUACAGCGAAUGGAGGGCAAUGAGAUGUUUCGACUCUUCUUCGAGGUUCCUUACCACAACAAGCCCGAGCUGAACAGAAUAUUUCCCGAAUCAGUCCAUGACUGCUCUGCGUUGCAUGUUUGCUCAUUCAUCCUGAGCAUUUUGCACCAGGGCAUUUUCAGCGUUUCUGCCUUCAUCGUGAGCGUGAUCUACCUCAGCAGGUUCAAAGAAAGCUCCCGCAUCACCCUGCAUGCUUGCACCUGGCGCCCCCUGUUUCUGACGUCCUUGUUGCUGGCUGACAAGAUGUGGGAGGACAAGCCUGUCCGAAACAGUUCUCUCGCCAAGCUCUUCCCUGUGCUCAGCAAUGUUGAGCUCAACCGGAUGGAGAGCCAGUUUCUUGAUGAAAUCAAGUUCAAUGUGCUGGUGAAGCCAGACCUUUUUUGCUCCUUCUGUGAGAAGCUCUUGGCUGAGCAGGUACAUCAAGAGAUCUCGCGGUGUGUGAUUCAGUCAGAGUAUGCGGUGACCCUACAGGCGGAGUGCGUGGAUUCCAUCCCUGCCAAAGUGCCCAACGGGAAGCCUCAGGUGAACAACACCGAGAAGGUAGCGCGGACGAAUGGGAUGACAAAGGCUGACAUGCACCAGGUUUCGUGGUGGCAAAGCUAUUCCAUACCCUUCUUCGGCCGGUGUCUUGAAGAUUCCUUUGGAGACUCUCUGGCCGGCAUGACCACCUGCUUGUUGGUCAGAAGUGCUCGUUGGGUCCUGCGCAAGGGACGAUUAUUCUCAUUCAUGAAGUGCUGUGGACGGAAAGUGCUGUAAUGCCAGCAGACAAACCACUGGUUGGUUGAAGCCAUCUUCAGGUCCGGGAAGCUCCCACAGAUCUGAACUCAUGUUUGCACUGGUUGGGCCACAAAGGUGGGCUAUAUACCUAGAGGCACGAGCGAAGCGACAGGAAUCCUCCCCGAGAUUGUUACUAGUUCUGAGGGCGAAACCUGGAAAUGUCAAGUUGCCAGGCGGAGUGGCAAAGCUCCCCCGACCGCCAAGCACAGUUGGGGCGCGCAAAAGUAUGUAUAUAAAACAGUAUAACAGUUUAGCACGCUGAAAGAUGACUGACUACGGCACUUUUAUGUCUUGACAAGUCAUUUCAGAUCUCACGUUUGACAUCCUGUCACUGUCUGAGUUGUGCGCGUACUUUAAAAUGAACAGCAUACAGCAUACAUAUUUGGUAAAACGAUGCAAGAGGAGAACACCCUGCGAUGCCCACACAGUAAACCCACUUAUGUGUGCGGGCGCGGAUAGUUAAUAGUGGACAGUAGGCGCCAACAAAGCCAGAGAUCACAGUCCCAAUGGCGAGUUUCGGCCUAGGCCCAUCGUGGCUCACGAGGUGGGUGUGCCCUAACGGCAUGUGUCAGCGGUUUGGGUGUGUUCCGGAUGGUUGGCAAAACUUAAAGCAAUCGCAAAGGUUCCCCUGAGGCAUCAACUUCCCCUCGUUUGUUUCCUUUGAAACUCUUGAAGCUAAGCAAGAUACUCUUUUGUAAAAAGAUGUUACAGGAAUGAGGGUUUCUAUGUUGUUAGUACAGGAGGAACCUGACUCGGACAAGGGCUGUCACACAAUGGAUGUUCAAGGGACAAUUGGUUGAUAGAAUACAC